GGCAGCCCUCCAUCCUCCUCCGCCCCGUCUUCCCCACCCAACUGCUCCAGCACCGAGGGGUGCAGCGAGGGGGUGGUGCUGCCCAUCUGGAACCCCCAGAACCCCGCAGUGGGGGACAAGGUGGCGCGUGCCAUUGUCUACUUUGUGGCGCUCAUCUACAUGUUCAUGGGCAUGUCCAUCAUCGCUGAUCGCUUCAUGUCCUCCAUAGAGGUCAUCACCUCACAGGAGAAGGAGAUCACCAUCAAGAAGCCUAACGGAGAGACCACCACGGCUACCGUGCGCAUCUGGAACGAGACCGUCUCCAAUCUGACCCUCAUGGCGCUGGGCUCGUCUGCACCUGAGAUCCUGCUGUCUGUCAUCGAGGUGUGCGGCCAUGGGUUCGACGCGGGCAACCUGGGGCCCUCCACCAUUGUGGGCAGCGCCGCCUUCAACAUGUUCGUCAUCAUCGGCCUCUGCGUCUACGUGGUGCCCGACGGAGAGGUGCGCAAGAUCAAGCACCUGCGUGUGUUCUUCGUGACGGCUGCCUGGAGCAUCUUUGCCUACAUCUGGCUCUACUUGAUCCUGUCGGUGGUGUCGCCUGGGGAGGUGGAGGUCUGGGAGGCCGUACUCACCUUCCUCUUCUUCCCAAUCUGCGUUGUUCAGGCCUGGGUGGCCGACCGCCGCCUCCUCUUCUACAAGUACGUGCACAAGCGCUACCGUGCCGACAAGAGCCGCGGCAUCAUCAUCGAGUCCGAGGGCAACGACAGCGUCUUCGCCAAGAUGGAGGUGGAGAUGGACGGCCAGGGCGCCAACUCGCACCACCACAAGGAGUCCCUGGACGGCAUGCUGGCAGGCGUGGAGGAAGGAGGAGGAGGCUCCAACGAGGAAGAGGAAGCGCGUAGGGACAUGGCACGGACACUGAAGGAACUGAAGCAGCGGCACCCGGACAAGGACAUGGAGCAGCUGAUCGAGAUGGCCAACUACCAGGUGCUGGUCCAGCAGCAGAAGAGCCGUGCCUUCUACCGCAUCCAAGCCACACGCAUGAUGAUCGGUGCCGGGAACAUCCUCAAGAAGCACGCCGCCGACCAGGCACGCAAGGUGGUGAGCUGCCAUGAGGCCAGUGGGCAGGAGGAGGACCCCCACACCGUCUACCUGGAGUUCGAGCCCUUCCACUACCAGUGCUUUGAGAACUGUGGCUCAGUCAAGCUCACUGUAGGACGACACGGAGGAGACCCCGGCUGCACUGUCAAGGUGGACUACCGUACCGAGGACGCCACGGCCAAUGCGGGCUCCGAUUACGAGUUUGCCGAGGGCACGCUGGUCUUCAAGCCGGGCGAGACGGUGAAGGAAUUCACUGUGGGCGUGAUCGACGACGACAUCUUCGAGGAGGACGAGCACUUCUACGUGCACCUCAGCAACCCGCGCGUGGCACACCGCGCCGAGGUCUCCGUGCUCGACCCGUCCGCCGUCGCCCCCGGCAGCAGCCUAUUGGGUCCCCACACCGCCACGGUGACCAUCUACGAUGACGACCACGCGGGCAUCUUCACGUUCGAGAGUGCCAACACGCGGGUGAGCGAGAGCGUGGGCACCAUGCAGGUGAAGGUGCACCGCACGUCGGGGGCGCGGGGCAAGGUGGCCAUCCCCUACCACACGCAGGAGGGCACCGCCAGGGCCGGGGAGGACUACGAGGAGGUGGCGGGCAAGCUGGAGUUCCUCAACGACGAGACCAUGAAGCUCCUGGAGGUGAAGAUUAUAGAUGAUGAGGAGUAUGAGAAGAACAAGACCUUCACCAUCCACCUGGGAGAGCCAGUGCUGCUGGAGAUCGGACAGAAACACGGUGACACCAAUGACAAUAAGACGGCGGCGCCGGUCGGGGAGGAGGAUGUGGCCAAGAUGGGGUGCCCCAGCCUGGGGGAACACAUCAAACUGGAGGUGGUCAUCGAGGAGUCCUACGAGUUCAAGAACACGGUGGAUAAGCUGAUUAAGAAGACUAACCUGGCCCUGGUGGUGGGCAGCAGCAGCUGGAGGGAGCAGUUCGUCAGCGCCGUCACCGUCAGCGCAGGUGACGAUGACGAGGAGGAGAGCGGCGAGGAGCGCCUGCCCUCGUGCUUCGACUACAUCAUGCACUUCCUGACGGUCUUCUGGAAGGUGCUGUUCGCCUUCGUGCCGCCCACGGAGUACUGGAACGGCUGGGCCUGCUUCAUCGUCUCCAUCUCCCUCAUCGGCCUGCUGACGGCCAUCACCGGGGACCUGGCCUCCCACUUCGGCUGCACCGUCGGACUCAAGGACUCCGUCACCGCCGUGGUGUUUGUGGCCCUCGGGACCUCCGUACCAGACACCUUCGCCAGCAAAGUGGCUGCCAUCCAGGACCAGUACGCCGACGCCUCCAUCGGCAACGUGACGGGCAGCAACGCCGUCAACGUCUUCCUGGGCAUCGGCGUGGCGUGGACCAUCGCCGCCGUGUACUGGCGCAGCAAGGGCCAGCGCUUCAUCGUGCCGCCUGGCUCGCUGGCCUUCUCGGUGACGGUGUUCACCAUCAUGGCCGUGUUGUGCGUGCUGAUGCUGCUGUACCGGCGGCGGCAAUCCGUCGCCGGCGGCGAGCUGGGGGGGCCACGCAGCGUCAAGCUGCUCACCUCGCUGCUCUUCGUCUCCCUCUGGCUGAUCUACAUCAUGCUGGCCUCCCUGGAGGCCUACUGCAAGAUCCCUGGCUUCUGAGGCGCGACACGAGCGGAGAGACGUGGAGAGAUGGGGAGGUGGAGAGAUGGGGAGAGAGAGA